AUGGCCGACACUGCCGUCGACUCGUACGCAAACACCGUGCCGCCGCACAAGAAACAGCUCUCAUCAUCCAUUCCGAACAUCGAAUCUCUCGAAGGCAUCGGCGCAGACUCUGACGAUCAAUACUCUACAUUCAAGAAGCUCCAAAGACAGCUUGAGUACAUCAAGCUGCAAGAGGAAUACAUCAAGGAUGAACAAAGAUCGCUGAAGAGGGAGCUCGUGCGUGCACAAGAGGAGAUCAAGAGGAUACAGAGUGUGCCACUUGUCAUCGGACAAUUUAUGGAGGCCAUCGAUCAGAACACUGGCAUCGUACAGUCGUCGACUGGAUCCAACUAUGUCGUGCGCAUCCUCUCAACUCUUGAUCGUGAGCUGCUCAAGCCCUCAUCCUCCGUCGCCCUUCACCGCCACUCAAACUCUCUCGUCGACAUCCUCCCUCCAGAGGCAGACUCUUCCAUUGCUAUGCUUGGUGCAGACGAGAAGCCAGAUAUCUCCUACGCUGACGUCGGAGGAUUGGAUAUGCAAAAGCAGGAAAUUAGAGAGGCCGUCGAGCUGCCCCUUACACACUUCGAUCUCUACCACCAGAUCGGUAUCGAUCCUCCCCGUGGUGUUCUCCUUUACGGUCCUCCUGGUACUGGAAAGACUAUGCUAGUAAAGGCUGUGGCCAACAGCACUACCGCAUCCUUCAUCAGAGUCGUCGGAUCCGAAUUUGUUCAGAAGUAUCUGGGUGAGGGUCCUCGUAUGGUCAGAGACGUCUUCCGUAUGGCUCGCGAGAACAGUCCUUGUAUCAUCUUCAUUGACGAGAUCGACGCCAUUGCCACCAAACGUUUCGAUGCUCAGACUGGUGCAGACAGAGAAGUUCAGCGUAUCUUGCUCGAGCUGCUCAACCAGAUGGAUGGUUUCGAUCAGACCAGUAACGUCAAGGUCAUCAUGGCCACCAACCGUGCCGACACUUUGGACCCCGCCCUUCUCCGUCCCGGUCGUCUCGACAGAAAGAUCGAAUUCCCCAACCUUCGCGACAGACGUGAGCGAAGACUGAUUUUCAGCACUAUCGCCGGCAAGAUGAGCUUGAGUCCCGAAGUUGAUCUUGACAGUCUCAUUGUUCGCAACGAUCCUCUGAGUGGUGCUGUCAUUGCUGCCAUCAUGCAGGAAGCUGGUCUGCGAGCUGUCCGAAAGAACCGCUACAACAUCAUUCAGCAAGAUCUCGAGGACGCUUACACCAGCCAGGUAAAGGGAGCGUCUGAGGCAGACAAGUUCGACUUCUACAAGUAA